UUACGUGACGAUAGCUGACCAUAUGGUGCUAAGUCAGAGACCUAUGAUGUUGGCGGCCGCACAGGAAUUCACCCGUGCCAUUGGCGAGAAAAGCGUUGUUACGUGGGAUGAGCCCGAAGCUCUAGCAGCAUACAUAGGACGGCUACGAACCAUGGUCGAAAAGUUGUCUCAACAGAACCGAACUCUCCGAAAGCAUCACAUCAGUAUAUCUGAAAAGGUGCAAGCCCUGAUGACCACCGACCUGCUGACCAAGCAGCAACGCUGGAAGGAUUCCCUGAACGAGAUCCGGAUUCUUAUGGCUCAGCUAUCAGAACAGGGCUUCGCUGCUGAAAACAUGCGUCCCUGGCGAGCACACUGGGACAGGCAGCUCUACAAGGCACUUGAGUAUCAAUAUCUACUCUGUCUGGAGACAUUGGUUGAGCACCUCCCUGAGAUCCGCGUAGACCUUACCUACAGGAAUGCCAGCUUGCAGUAUCGCCCGCCAUUAGAAGAGGUUCGGGCGAAAUAUUACCAACAACUAAAAAAAUUCCUGGCUAUUCCUGUGCAAUUUCGGGGAGUGAGUGACGACAUCUCUACGGACCGCUCCCUUAUUUUUUCUAUCAUCGUUGAACGAAACUCGCACCAAUAUCUUGCCAUGUAUCGCCGUGCUGAGCAACUGUUCAUCAACCUCGAAGGCGCUACAGAAACAAUUAAGGACUGGGUGGCCUUAGGCUCAAUGAACAUAGAAGACCUUAUCGAAGGGAACUGUGUGACUGCGGAUGACUGGAAGAGGAACCUAAGAGUCAUCAAAGCAAGAAGCCAGGAGUUUAGCAAGCUAUCGCUAGAGGAAGAAAAAUUUGAAUGCGUGGUUGUAAAUUAUGCUCCUGUAAGAGCGUACGUUGACUACUUACUGUCCGACCUCGAGCAAGGGAUGAUCCGCGUCCUGCAGCGCUCUAUCAUGGCUGAUGCUCAGCUGGUGCAGAAAUUUCUACAGGAAGCCACAACUUCGUUGACAGCGCGGCCACAGACCGCUCAAGAAGUUGCUGACCUCGGAAAACGGUCUGCAGAUAUCGUUACGACACGAGAACAGUUACUGAGUAAAUACAAAGAUGCAGACGCAAAGAAUGAAAUACUAAGUCGAUGGUCACGGAAGUCUAUCGCAGAAGUUGCGCACCUUCAGAGUCAGUGGGACAUGCUAGACAGGAUGCUCGAAGAACACAGGGAUAUUGUCUCGAGACAGGUAGACAUCUUGAAAGCCAACAUGGCAUCCAAAGUACAAAACUUUGAAAGCGACCUCGAACGUUACGGUGCGCGUUGGCACCACUUCAAGCCGCAGAAUGAGGUAACAGACAUGGAUGCAGCUGCUGUGGAGAAAGCAACCGGGAUAUUGAAAGAGAUGAGGGUCGAAUUUGAUGCCUUGUUGAAAACGAAAGAAGCCCUCAUUGUUGAAGCCAAGCAGUUUGGCGUUCCGGAACCUGACAUAUCACUGUUGACUGAACUGGAGUCUGAGCUUCACGAAGCGGAAGAGAUGUGGCACCUAUUUGAGGAAUUUCAGAACGAAUUAAAAGAGCUGACGCAAGAGGAAUGGAUUAUUACCAGGGGCAAGCUCCACAAAUACGAAAAUUUUCUGAGCGACUGGACGCACAAAAUGAAAGAAGGGAGUUCAGCGACGACAGUCACUGCUGUGCUUUACCGAGAGAUUGACAGCCAAAAGGACCUGCUUGGCGUGCUGAAGUAUUGUCGUGGAGAAGUAUUUUCGCCACAGCACUGGGCCGAGUUCUUUCAAAUCACUAGCAUUGAACCAAUUGCAGUUGAAAAACUCACCUUCGCUGAUAUCCUUAAAUCAAAAAAAUAUAUCCUGAAUAACAAGGAUCAGCUCAAGGACUUAAACAGCAGGGCUCAAGGCGAAGUAACCAUACGAGAAGCCCUCAAUGAGCUAGAUGUCUGGUCCAGUAGUGCUCGCUUCUCCCUAACGGACCACAAGGACUCGCUCGGAAACGACACGAAGAUCAUCAAGGACUGGUCUGACAUUCUUAGCAAGGUGGGAGAUCUACAGUGCCUGGUUCAGUCUUUGAAAGAUUCAAGGUACUACGAACGCUUCGCCGACCGUGCCAUUUUGUGGGAACAACGGCUUCAGUUCUUGGACCAAGCUCUCAAAGCCCUCAACCAGAACCAAAGACGAUGGCUAUACUUGGAUCCAAUACUUGGAAGAGGAGCGCUCCCAUCAGAAGCCGUUCGUUUUCAGAAUCUUAGUGACGACUUCAGGGCCAUCUUGGACAGUGUAGCAAAGGACGAUCGUAUAGUGCUUUUGGCAAACAUACCUGGUCUUUUGUCGACGCUGAAUAAUCUAACAGACCAGCUAGGACGCUGCCAAAGGGCAUUGAAUCAAUUCUUAGAGCUGAAACGAUCAAAGUUUCCAAGGUUCUAUUUCCUUGGUGACGAGGAUCUCUUGGAGAUAUUGGGUCAAGCAACAAAGCCCUCCGUCAUUCAAGCGCACCUCAAGAAAUUGUUUAGUGGCAUCCACACUGUUGAGCUGGAUGAGCUAGCAAACACCGUUGUCGCUAUGCAAUCUUUAGACGGAGAGAACGUUCCGCUGGACACCCCUGUUCACAUCGCUUCCGAAGUUGAGUUAUGGCUAAGCGAGUUGGCUUUGCAAAUGAAAGUUACGUUGAAGAAGCUCCUCUUAAAAUGUUUGGACUCAAGACAAGGUGGAACUACCGGCGGAGAAGACCCUUCUAAGUAUCCGUCUCAGAAGACAUAA